AUGGCCCAGCAUCAGCCGGCUUUACAGGCCCACAAGAGCAACGACUCCCAGCCCAGCCCGGGCUCUCGAGGAAGACGUGGAAAAACUCAUCGAACGACCAAAAACACUGAGGGAACCUCAGAGGAGCUGAUUCUGAUUCUUGCUGUUCCAAGCGGACGAGCUCACACACACACCUGUCAGUCGACACACCUGCCCUGCACUCGAGAAGCUGCGCUCUACGUCUCCAGGCUCCUGGCUGCCAUCCAGAUGUCGCCGUGCGUGACCUCCCACCUCUGCCUGCUGGUCCUGCCAGUGAUGUCGCUGCUGCUGGCCUUCUCUCCUUUCGGCUGGAGCUACGAUGGCCUCACCCCAGGGUGUCACCUGCACCCCUUCAACGUGACCAUCCGCAGCGACCGUCGUGGCACGUGCAAAGGCACCCACCUGGUCUACGCCUGCGUGGGCUACUGCGAGUCCAGCGCCUUCCCGUCCAGAUACUCCGUGCUGGUGGCCUCCAACUUCACCCACAACAUCACCUCAGCCUCACGGUGCUGCACCAUCAGCAAGGACGCCAAGGUCAAAGUUCGCCUGGACUGCCCUCGAGGCCGUCACCACGACGAAAUCGAGAUCCUGACGGCGAAGGCGUGUCGCUGCGACAUGUGCCGCAAGUCCCGCUACUGA